UAAUUGGACAAUUUGCGGAAAAAGAGCGAUAUGGAACCCGAACAAGCCAAAGAGGUUGUGCCCGAAGAACAACCUAAGCUAUUGCCAAACGAUGCACUAGUCGUAAUGGCCAUAUUGGAGGAGCAGAACAUACCGGAGUACGAGCCACGUGUUGUUCACCAAUUACUGGAUUUUACGUAUAGCUAUGUGACACAAAUAGUGAGUGAUGCGAAGGCUUAUGCCGAUCAUGCGCGCAAACCGACCCUCGAUCUGGACGACAUCAAGUUGGCCGCAGAUAUGGUGAUGGAGAGGAGCUUCACAGAGCCGCCACAGCGCCACGAAUUGGCCGAGGCUACUGAGCAGUGCAAUUCGGUGCCCCUGCCACGGGUGAAGCGUAAGAAUGGCCUGCGUUUGCCGCCGAGCGCCCACUGCCUGAUUGGUCGCAACUACAGGCUGCGCAAGCCUCCUUCAAUUAAAGCAACGGAGGCGGCACUGGAGAGCCGCAAGGCCAAGUCCGUUCGAAAAGAAAGUUCCCAGCUAACCAAGCAACAGGCGAAGGAACAGUUGAACGAAACCCCGACGGACGAUUUAAAAGUGGGCGAUAAAACCAUCACUGGCGCUAAGAAAAGCCGCAAAAAUAAAAAAAAGAAAGACAAGAUUAUCAACACUAUUAAUGAAGGGUCGGACCAGGAAGCAGUCAGCAAGGCUACAGCGAAGAAGCACAAGAAGGAGACUCGUCGCCUAAAAGCAAUAAUCGGGGCCGAGGUGGAUUGUCUGGAGAAGAACAUGGGCGAACAAUCCAAGAAAUGA